UCAAGUUAUGUUGCUAUUCAAAGUUUCAAAAUUUCAUUUUAAUGGGCAUGAAUAAUGCCUCUUGGGAAGAAAGCUUUGCGGGCUUUGUGUGGGAAUUUGAAGAAAGACCUUUUUGAAGAUUAAAGUGUACGUGUCUUCCUUUAUACAAUGGAUGAAGCUAUUGUGUACAGUAUUGAGAGACCAAAUCCAAGUUUUAUUGCCAUGGCUUGUUAUCCGUUUCAACAAAAUGGGUUUUCGAUAUCAUAUUCAGAUUCAGCUCCAACUCAUUACUCUCUGAAAAUCGGGUCAUUUUCAUGGCUAACCAAAAUUUCAGUGGACAAAUAUGAGUCGGGAGAAUUUGAAGCUGGAGGAUACAAAUGGAAACUAGUGCUCUACCCGAAUGGAAACAAGAAGAAAAAUGUGGAAGGCCACAUCUCUGUUUACUUGGAAAUGGUUGGAGCUGAUUCACUUCAGACUGGAUUCGAAGUAUAUGUUAAUUUCAGGUUCUUUUUACUUGAUCAGAAUAAGGGAAUGUUCCUGGUUCUUCAAGAUGCCAAUAAAAAGGAAAAGUGUUUCCAUGGGGUAAUGCGUUAUUCGGGAUUUGAUAGGCUUAUCACUCUUAAAUCGUUUACUGAUGCUUCCAACGGAUAUGUCAUUGAUGAUUCCUGUGUGAUUGGAGCUGAGGUCUUUGUUUGUAAAGAAAGAAGAGCUCGCAAAGGAGAGUCAAUAUCGAUGGUCAAGGUUGCUGUUAUGUGCAAGCAUGUUUGGAAGGUUGAGAACUUUUCAAAGUUAGGUGCUGACCCCUACAAAUCAGAACCAUUCAUUGCCAGAGAACGGAAUUGGAAGAUAGUGCUCUAUCCUAAGGGACAUAAGAAAGGAAAGGGUACUCAUAUUUCUCUUUUCUUGGAAUUGGAUGAUCCGGAAAAACUUUCUGGUUCCAAAGUAUUUGCAGAGUUUUCCAUGCGCAUUGUAGAUCAAAUGCAUGCCAAACAUGAGUGCUUAAAAGCAAACAACUGGUUCAGUACCUCAACUCGGGAUUUCGGUUGGCCUACCUUCCUUAAACUGGACACCUUCAGUCAGGCAGGUAAUGGGUUUUUGGUGAAGGAUGCUUGCAUAGUAGAGGCCGAUGUCACUAUCCGUGGAACUGCAACAGCACUGUAGUCGGCAUGUCGUUUGUUUUAGCUGUCGGCAUGUCGUAUGUUUUAGCUGUUCCUAAAAAGAUGUUACGAAUGAAAGGACUAAAGGCCUUGUCACUGUCCAUGAUAUUGUAAAAGCAUUGUCUAGAUGUGGGUAUACCAUAGUGCUAAAAUCCUUGUUCACCAAAUGACUUGUGAUUGAAGUGUAUUUUGAUGUUUUUAAUCAAUUUUAACUGAAGUUUGUGAUUUUUGCAAAUU